CCGUGUUAUGACAGUAGAUUUCUCUCUCUGCUGUCUUCAUAAUGAUUUUAACGGAUUGUUUGGUUAGAUUCUGGGGUCAUUUCGUUUUGAUUUUUUUGCCCAUCAGGGUAUAGCUUCAUGCUAGACAAUCAUAUCUAUUAUUUGCCGAGUUUGGGUAUAAAAACUUCUAAAAUAUGACGGCGCUGAGACGACCACAGUAUUAAAGAGAGGAUCAUCACAUCGAUCUCCUAUCUACUGCUGCUAAACAGACUCCCGUGCGCUGCCAUGGACAGCGUGAAGAUGGAGUCUGUCCAGAUUAAAGAGGAAUUUCUUGAACUCGUCCCCAUUAGAGUGGAGUUCUCUGAGCUGGCUUCCCUCCCCAUUAAACAGGAGCUCUGUGAGAUGCAACGUGACAGCAGCCAGCCAGAGGUCUCUGAGAUUAAAGCUGAGCACCAUGAACUGGAGAGCCCCCAGACAGGAGAACCCCAUCCUGUGAAACAAGAAGAGGUGCUGGAAAUCAUCCCGAUUAAACGGGAGCCCCCGUUAGUAGAGUUUGAGCAUGUGGAAGCAGGGAAGGAAGAAUGGGAGGACUUGAAACCAAACCUCCCUGAGCUGGAGCCUGUGCGCCUGCGGGAGUGUAGCGUGGUGCUGGAGAGAAUCUGCGUGAGAGAGCAAGGCGCUGGAGAGGAAGGCUCUCCCGACAGCACGCAAGGAGGUUCCAGUCCAGCAGCUAAAGUGAGGGCGGGCGGUGGAAACGAUACUGUCUGUGUGAAGAGUUUCAGAAAGUCAAGAGACCUGAAAAGACACCAGCGAACUCACACAGGAGAGAAACCGUAUCCCUGCACUCGCUGUGCGAAGAGUUUCAGUCACGCAGGCACCCUGAAAGCACACCAGCGAGUUCACGAUAAAGUGAAUUGCUGCUCUGACUGUGGGAAGUGUUUCAGUAGAACAGACCAACUUGAAAUACACCGGCGAAAUAACACAGGAGAGAAACCGUAUCGCUGCUCUGACUGUGGGAAGAGAUUCAAUAAUUUAGGAGGCUUGCAAGAACACCGGAGAGUUCACACAGGAGAGAAACCGUACCGCUGCUCUGACUGUGGGAAGGGUUUCGAUAGAAAACACAGUCUUGUUUCACACCAGCGAAUUCACACAGGAGAGAAACCUUAAAUCCCUUUCUCCAACCAUCUCCAAGAGACGAAACUUUCAAUCUGGAUCAACAGUGAUCCGGAUUUUGUAAUGCAAUUUCUUUUUAAACACAGAUUUCGUGAAUCGGAAUUAUUUGUAAUGUGGAUAAAUCCAGCAGUGAUUAUUUUCUGGGGGGAAAAAAAAGAUCCCAAAAUCCCGAUCGCUGUUCAUCCAGAUUAAGAAGUUUCGGAAAACCGACCGCAGCGCGUGUCACCAGCGCAGCCCGUGUGCUUACAGUCACUGUCAUUUUAAACUGCUUGUCUCCGUGUGAAAACCCGGUUCAACAGGCAGAUCAACACAUUACCCCAGCCGCUCUCUCCUGUACAGACUCUGGCUGAUCAACCCUGCACCUCUGCAGGGAUUCCUCCCUCCUCCCCCCCUCAGAUCUCAAUUUGGAGCCUCUCUUCCAGUCUGUGGAAGAGCAGGACUCUGCCCUUGGAAAUACUGGCAGGGAUGGAGUUAAAUUAUUAUUAUUAUUAUUUAUUUCUUAGCAGAUGCCCUUAUCCAGGGCGACUUACAAUUGUUACAAGAUAUCACAUUAUACAUUAUUUCACAUAUCACAUUAUUUUUACAUACAAUUACCCAUUUAUACAGUUGGGUUUUUAUUGGAGCAAUCUAGGUAAAGUACCUUGCUCAAGAGUACAGCAGCAGUGUCCCCCACUGGGGAUUGAACCCAUAACCCUCUGGUCAAGAGUCCAGAGCCCUAACCACUUCUCCUCCCUGCCCAGGUUGAUUGCAUCAGGUGGGAGCAAUCAAUAAAUUAAUUAUUCAAUGAUUACUCAGCCACCUGGCAUAAAAGGAGGCCUCAGCCUCCCAGUAGGGAGAGUUCUAGAAAGAGGAGAGUAGCUGAGGAAGUAAGAGUGAGUUUCUUUUGUGUGUGCUGUUUUUCUGUUCGUUUUUGAAUCCAGUGAAGGUCACGCCCAGCCUGGAAGCCUUAUUUUUUGUAAGUUUUGUUUUGGUUCUUAUGUAGUGAUGGCUUUCUGCAUGAGGUAUUAAUUAUGUUGUUAUAAGUUUUACAUUGUGUGUGUUUUUCUUUUAUAGUUGAGCUGUUUUUAAUCAUUAUGUUUAAAUUCUGUGUAUGUGGUUUGGUUAUUAUUUUAAUAUGUAGUUUUGCAUAGCUUAACACGACGGGAAGUCAGAGCUAAACGCUGAAAGGCAGAGAUAUUAUUAUUAUUAUUAUUUAUUUCUUAGCAGACGCCCUUAUCCAGGGCGACUUACAAUUGUUACAAGAUAUCACAUUAUUUUUACAUACAAUUGCCCAUUUAUACAGUUGGGUUUUUACUGGAGCAAUCUAGGUAAAGUACCUUGCUCAAGGGUACAGCAGCAGUGUCCCCCACUGGGGAUUUAACCCACGACCCUCCGGUCAAGAGUCCAGAGCCCUAACCACUACUCCACACUUCUGCCCUAUGAGAUAGUGUGAGAGGGGGGAGGGGAAAUGAAAGGUAAGAUGGAUGCGCCCUGCUAGGCACAACAUGGCAUGCAACCCCCUUCUCCCCCACAGCAGGAAUGUGCAAUGAUAGUGGAAACCCUUAUCAUUGGACAGAAGUAAGACAAAUGCGAGUGGAGUCAACAAGUGUUUACAAAGGUGUAAAUGCCAAACAUUGUAAAGUGUCGUCAGUCUUUUCAUCUCUUUCGAAUUGACUCCAUAGAUAUCCGUGUUUUCUAAUACAAACACAUGCACUGAGCUGUACUGAGGCCUUGUCCAACGUCGGUUUAAAUCUCGUGCUUAUAUGAUUGUAUUGGAGGUAUGCUUUUCUUGUACGUAAGUGUUUUUGAAUCAAAAACCAUUUGUCAGCUUAAUUUCUUUACUACACUUAUUGUCUGUUAUUUCUGUUUAAAACCCUUUUUGUUUGGCCCUCGUGCCGGUUUAUUUUGGUAUUUUUGGAUGUAAAAGCUUUAUUUUUGAACUUUCACACUGUCUUUGAGGUUCAAACUCCUGUCACCCUGUCCUUCAAGUAGAACGACAGAAAGGCGAUCUUUAGUGUUUCUAAGUAGACUGUGCUGCUAUAAGCAGAUCUAAGGAAAGACAUUAUGGUUAAACAUCUUCCAUACAUUGUAAUUAUUAUUUCUUAGCAGACGCCCUUAGCCAGGGCGACUUACAAUUGUUACAAGAUAUCACAUUAUUUUUACAUACAAUUACCCAUUUAUACAGUUGGGUUUUUACUGGAGCAAUCUAGGUAAAGUACCUUGCUCAAGGGUACAGCAGCAGUGUCCCCCACCUGGGAUUGAACCCAUGACCCUCCGGUCAAGAGUCCAGAGCCCUAACCAUUACUCCACACGGCUGUUAUGUGAACAGAAUGCUACCAAGAGGAAACCUUUCCUGCCUAAGCAAAACUUUUUCUGUGUUGACCAAUCCUGUAUCACAGCAGGGUUUUGUCUAGCGUCUCUCAAUGCAGGAGUUAGGAUGUUUUUUGUACAUUGUAAUAAUUCGAUGUGCCUCUUUUUAAAAUGGCAAACAGGUGCCACGUUCUUGAAGGUCUGUCUGUGCACACUGUGAGGUUCCUGUGUUAACGGCCGGGCUUCUCAUCUUUGUGUGUGUAGGCGUGUCGCCUCUGUGCUGAUUCAGAGUGUGACCUGGUGGGGGUUCAGGGGGGUCCUGGCUUUGUCACAAGAUGCUUUGAAAGCUGUUUCCUUAUUUCUGUUGGAAUGUUUCUAUUAAAAAUAAAAUAAAAACAAC